CCGAGCGCAGCCAAGCCGAGCCGAGCCCAGCCGAGCCGAGCGCAGCCGAGCCGAGCCCAGCCGAAGCCAGCCCAGCCGAGCCGAGCCGAGCCGAGCCGAGUGGAGCCGAGCCCAGCCGAGCUCCCGGUGGGCGGUGCGGGCGUUUAAAGGAGCGGCGGCGGCCGCGCAGAUGACAGCAAGCUCCACAACCCUCAAGUACAGCUGAGAUGUCUUCUCUGCCCUUCAAGUUGAGGAUCCCUGGUUAAAGGCCGGCCCUCACCGCCGCCACCAGGCCUUACCAGCUUCUCCAGCCGUGCCCGGGUACCCCUGCAGCAUUGGCAGCCUCCAAAGGCUCUAGGAUGCUGGGGCCAGCCGGGCAGGGGCUGCCCACCUGAUCCUCGCCGCCCGCGUCCCGCCGGCGCACCAUGCUGCGCUCCUGGCGCACGAAGCUCAAGCUGCUGCUCGCCACCGUGACCCUGGCUGUCCUCCUCUCCUGGCUCUACCUCUUCGUGGGCAGCCUCGAAUACGGCCGGUUCCUGCUGCCGCCGCCGUGCCUGGGCUCGCAGCCGGCGCGGGCGCUGGAGCGGGAGGCUCUGGCCUCGCGGGUGCGCAGGGUGGAGGAGGAGAACCAGCAGCUCCGCUCGCAGCUCGGGCAGGCUCCGGCUCCGGCGGAGGGCAACGAGGGCAGCCCGGCCUGGGGAGCCUCCGCCGAGGAUCGGGACCCUCCCCGGGGCGAGAGCGGCAACGGCACAGCCUGCCCCAGGCAGCGGCCCGUGCACAAGUGCGAGCUCCUGCACGUUGCGAUCGUCUGCGCCGGGCACAACGCCAGCCGGGAUGUGGUCACCUUGGUGAAAUCCAUCCUCUUCCACAGGAAAAAUCCCCUCCAUUUUCACUUUAUCACCGACUCAGUGGCCCAUCAGAUCCUCCAGACCCUCUUCCAGUCCUGGAUGGUGCCCUCUGUCCACGUCAGCUUCUACAACGCCGAUGACCUGAAGCCAGAGGUGUCGUGGAUCCCCAACAAGCACUACUCCGGCAUCUACGGGCUGAUGAAGCUGACCCUUACCAAGGCACUGCCCCCCAACCUCUCCAAGGUCAUCGUCCUGGACACCGACAUCACCUUCGCCACCGACAUCGCCGAGCUCUGGGCUGUCUUUGGGAAGUUCUCUGACAAGCAGGUGAUUGGGCUGGUGGAGAACCAAAGCGACUGGUAUUUGGGCAACCUGUGGAAAAACCACAAGCCGUGGCCAGCCCUGGGACGUGGCUUCAACACAGGGGUGAUCCUGCUCCUGCUCGACCGUCUGCGUCGCCUGGGCUGGGAGCAGAUGUGGCGGCUGACGGCAGAGCGGGAGCUCAUGAGCAUGCUCUCCACCUCACUGGCCGACCAGGACAUCUUUAACGCGGUGAUCAAGCAGAACCCGGCGCUGGUGUACCGGCUGCCCUGCUUCUGGAACGUGCAGCUCUCGGAUCACACCCGCUCCGAGCAGUGCUACACCGAGGUCUCGGAUCUCAAGGUCAUCCACUGGAACUCGCCCAAGAAGCUGCGGGUGAAGAACAAGCACGUGGAGUUCUUCCGCAACCUCUACCUGACCUUCCUGGAGUACGACGGGAACCUGCUGCGCAGGGAGCUCUUUGGCUGUGCCAGCGUGCCCAGCCCUCCCAGUGACCAGCUGCAGCAGGCGCUGGAGGAGUUGGACGAGGACGAUCCCUGCUACGAUUUCCGCCGGCAGCACCUCACGCAGCACCGCGUGCACCUCUUCUUCCUGCACUACGAGUUCCUGGCCCACCCCGAGCCCACCGACGUCACCCUCGUGGCCCAGCUCUCCAUGGACAGGCUGCAGAUGCUGGAGGCCAUAUGCAGGCACUGGGCUGGCCCCAUCAGCCUGGCUCUGUACCUGUCAGACGCGGAGGCUCAGCAGUUCCUGCGCUACGCCCAGGCCUCGGAGGUUCUGGGCGCCCGCCGCAACGUCGCCUACCACAUCGUGUACAGGGAGGGACAGUUCUACCCCAUCAACCUCCUGCGCAACGUGGCCCUGGCCAACGCACAGACACCCUACGUCUUCCUCACCGACAUCGACUUCCUGCCCAUGUAUGGCCUCUAUGAGUACCUCAGGAACUCCAUCCAGCAGCUGGAGCUGCCCCAGAGGAAGGCAGCUCUCAUCGUGCCGGCCUUUGAGACCCUGCACUACCGCCUCACCUUCCCCAAAUCCAAAGCAGAGCUGCUCUCCAUGCUGGACAUGGGCUCCCUCUAUACCUUCAGGUACCACGUGUGGCCCAAGGGCCAUGCCCCCACGGACUAUGCCCAGUGGCGCACGGCCACGGUGCCGUACCGCGUGGCCUGGCAGCCGGACUUCGAGCCUUACGUUGUAGUGAGGCGCGACUGCCCCCGCUACGACCAGCGCUUCGUGGGCUUCGGCUGGAACAAGGUGUCGCACAUCAUGGAGCUGGACGCGCAGGAGUACGAGCUGCUGGUGCUGCCCAACGCCUUCAUGAUCCACAUGCCCCACGCGCCCAGCUUCGACAUCUCCAAGUUCCGGCUGAGCGCGGCGUACCGGCGCUGCCUGCAGGCGCUGCGGGACGAGUUCCACCAGGACCUGUCGCGCCGCUACGGGGCGGCCGCCCUCAAGUACCUCACUGCCGACAGGAGCCCCUGACGCCCGGGCAGCUGCAGGAGGGAUGGAGCGAGGGCUCGGGGCCACAGCCCACAGCCAGCCUCCCCAGCCCGGCCCAGGGACGCCCGCAGAUGGCAGCACGGGCAGGGUCUGCGGGCGAAGCUGCUGCGGAGCGACCGAGUGGUUGUGCGGAGCAGCAAGCUUCCUGUGUCACAGGGGAGCCUCCCCGUGCCAGGGGCAGGGGGGAUGGGGCUCCUCCCUCCCCUGUUUUAGCAGGAGUGGAUUCUCAGCCUUCAUUAGCUCGCCUCAUCUCCUCCGGAGGCCUGUGAGCUGAACUUCUGCUCUGUGGGCCCGGGUCCCGAUGUCCUUCACACCCCUCUGGGGCUCUGCUGAGGGGGAGAUGAGGCUGAAGAGCAUGCAUUGUAAGCAUGCAUUGUAAGGAUGCAUUGUAAGGAUGCAUCCAUCCUUACAUGCAUUGUAAGGAUGGAUGAGGAGAGGCCGGCAGGGACCGGGAGCUGUGGUGACACGGUUGAAGCCUGGAUCGAGGCUGGCUGCCAACAGUGACAUCGUGUUACUCCUCAUCUGUAGGGGUGCAGAGUCUCUGGUACUGGUGGUGUGGGAGCCACCCAGAGCAGGAUGAUCUCCCAGGGCAGGCUGGGCUGUCUGCUGUCCCUGUGCCCUAGGGCUGGCAGCAGCCAUACCCAUGAGCAGCCCCAUUCUGGGGUUGGCACUCCUCUGCCAGGCUGCCAGCCAAUGCCAUGGCCAAACCAGCAGCUCCAUGGGCCAGCAUAUGCUUGGAGCCACUCCCGACAGGAGCCCAUUGUCCUCCUCCCCAGCCCUGGGCAGGGCAGCUGUGGCCAUCCAGGGCAUGCCCAUGCCAGGGGCACUGUCCCACUGCUGUCACACACUGGAGCACAGAGGAUGCGCUGCUUUCCUCACGCUAGUUAUUUCCUACUUUCCUCAUGAGAAUUAAAUGAUUAGGGCAGCUGGGCUUUGGGGUUCUUCCUUUUCUGGUUGGUUUCUUUUCAAUCCCUUCUUCCUCCUGGCUGAUGUUGCUGGUGGCCCUGGAGGCUCUUGGGGCCGGUUGCUGCUGCAGUCUCUGCCGUUCUUCCCCUGGCAAGACGAUUUCCGUCCGUGGUGGGAGCAGCUGGGAGGAGCCAGGCAGAGCGUGGGCUGUGGAACACAAGGGCACAAGCACCUCUUGCUUCAUUCUGUUUAAUUUAAUGUUUAAAUUAAAGCUUUUUUUAUUCUUUUUCA